AUGGAUGUUUGGAAUGCUUUUCUCCAUGGUGAUUUGGAAGAGGAGGUUUAUAUGCACCUUCCACCUAGGUAUGAUAAUCCUGCUCCUGGAAAAGUUUGCAGACUUCGUUCUUCUCAUGAGGCAAUUUACGCUUUUAAACAGUAUUUGUGUACUUGCUUUCAUAUGAAAGACUUGGGUUUGUUGAAAUAUUUUUUGGGCAUUGAAGUUGCUCGGGGGACGGAUGGUUUAUUCCUUUCUCAACGCAAGUGUGCCUUUGAUGUUUUGACUGAGACAAGUAUGUUGGGCUGUAAGCCAAUUGAUACUCCAAUGGAGAAGAACCAUAAACUUGCUCAUGUUGAGGGUCACCCGUUUGAGCAUCCUGAUCAAUAUAGGCGGCUUGUUGGUCGUUUGGUGUCGAUCACUAGGAUGCUGCUAUUUGUGUUCUUUGAUAUAUUAGAGGGAAUCCAGAACAGGGUAUUUUGUUACUUACUGAACGAUUUGUGUCUCACUGCCUUUUGUGAUAGUGAUUGGACCACUUGCCCCCUGACUAGCUAUUUUGUGCUUCUUGGUCGUUCUCCCAUUUCUUGGAAAACUAAGAAGCAACCUACUAUUUCUCGCUCUUCUGUGGAAGCUGAGUAUCGUGCCAUGGCAGCAACGACCCGUGAGCUUAAAUGGUUAAAGUAUUUGCUUCAUUCUCCGGAUGUUUUGCAUUUUGGCUCUAUGAAGUAA